AUGGGUUAUUGUUUAAUGCAUAUAGAAAAAAAAUUAAAAAAAUUUUACCCUUUAUUCGAAAUCGAUACAAAAGACUUUACAUUUACAACAACAGAAGGAUUAAUAGAUUUAAUGAAUGGCGGGGAUGUUGAAAUUGCCAAUCGCAAGGAUUUAGAACAAUACUUAAAAUUUCUGUAUAUGAUAAAGACUAAGCGCAAAACAAGAAGAUUGAUGGCAGUUGAAGAUCAUUUAAAAAAAGUUAUUCCUGAUGAAUAUGAAAUUGAUGAAGUAGAUGAUGAAGUUGAUGAUGAAGAUGAGGAAUCAGAUGAUGAAGUUAAUGAUGAAGAUGAGGAAUCAGAUGAUUAUGAAGAAAAUUAUCCACCAAUCACAGAACAAAUAGACGAAUUGGAAAAGGAGAUAUCUAGUGGACAAGGUAUAACGUUUUUAUCCGACAACAACGAAGAAUUGCUUAAUAGAUUACGAGUAAUAUUAGCGGCAAUGAAGGAAGGUCAUCGAUCACACAGACAAUAUAAUGAAGUAAAUUGUAUAUUAAAAAGACUCCUAGAAAAAGAUUAUGAGUACGAACUCGAUCGCAAUCAAGAAUAUGAAUUGGGAUUAAAGUAUUUCUCAGUUUACAAUUCCAUUAGAAAUAUCAACGAAAAAAAUAACCAAAUAAAAAUAUCAACAGAUAACGGAGUUACGUUCAAAACCAUAAGUUUACUACCAGGAAGCUUUGAAUACAUAGCCAUUAACGAAUACCUAUCUGAAUAUGGAGGAAGUAUCAAUGGUAAAAACAAUAUUGAAUUCGAAGGUAAUUUGAAUCUGAACAAAAUAAAAUUAAUAUUAAGAAAUAAUAGUCAAGUUGAUUUCAACGUAGAAAAUUCAUUGAAUACGUUACUAGGAUUUGAUAAACGAGUAUACACCCAAUCCACUUUAGCACCACACAAAGCUAAUAUCGAGAAUGAUAUCGAUGUGAUAAAUAUACAUUGCAAUUUGAUAAACGGUGGAUUUUUCAAUAAAUACAAACGUCAGAUUAUUUACAGUCUUCCAACAUUCACUGUACCGAUAGGAUAUAGAAUUAUAGAGAAACCAUUUCAAACGACGUAUUUACCACUUAAUUCCUUUAUGAUUAAAGAUAUAAAUCUGGAAAUUAAAGAUGGUAAAAAUAGGUUUAUAGAUUUUGGUAACGAGGAAAUUGUUAUUCAACUUCAUUUAAAACAAAAAAAUUAA